AUGAAGGUCAACAUCAGGGACCAGACAGAGUCCUAUAGUAAGGGGAUGGAGUCCAGCAGCAGGGAUCUGAUGGAGUCCAGCAGCUGUCCAGAGCCGGGUCUCUGUAAGCCCCCUCACAGCUUGAGGGUCUGUAUCAAUCACAGCUCGUUCGUGGUGGAUCGCUGCGUCCUGGCUGAGAACUGUGAGUACUUCAGAGCGCUGUUCCAGUCAGGAAUGAGAGAGAGUCUUCAGGAUGAAAUCCAGCUGAGAUGUGUGGGGGUUCUGGGUUUCAUGAUCCUGCUGAAGGUCCUUGAUGGAGAGAAACCAAUGCUGAACAGUGACCAGAUUGUGGAAACCAUUGAAUGCACGGCCUUCCUGCAGGUACCGGUUCUGACCAAACACCUGAUCAACAUCAUCAACUCUGAGAACUGCCUGCUCAUGUACCACACAGCCUCCACCUUCGGGGUGUGGGAUCUGUCCCACAAUUCAGCCCUGUUCAUCAGAGACCUGUAUCCUGACCUGCAGGAAGACGUCCACACCUUACCCCAGGCGCUGGUGGAAUACAUCGAGUCCCUGCAGCCUAGCAGCUACCUGGCUGUGUGCAGCCACUCGCCCUCCUCCGAGCUGCUGCCGGACCCUCAGAGGACCAUCUGCUAUCUGGAUGAAACCAGCCGAGGUUGGAAGGUCCUGACUCACCUCCCUGUGAACGCCAGCACCACCAUGGCAGGUGUGGCUGUCCUGGACAACAAACUCUACAUCAUGGGUGGUGUCCAUGACGUGAGUAAGAAGGUAGUGGAGAGCGGUUUCUGUUACUGUCCUGCAGCUAACACCUGGUCCACCAUCUGCAGCCCCCAGCAGUUACGUUAUAACUUCACCCUUAUUGGCCAUGAGGGCUGCCUGUAUGCUCUAGGGGGCGAGUCCAACAUGAAGUCUCUUUCCUCUGUGGAGAGAUUCAGGGUGUCAGACGGAAGCUGGAGCUUUGUGUGUCCCCUCCCUUGUCCUGCUGCCUUGGUGACCUCUGCUGUGACCAUGAACCGGAUCUUCAUCUGUCUCUGGAGAGGUCAGGGGGCCACUGAUAUUCACGAGUACGUACCUGAACAAGAUCAGUGGCUGCUGGUCUCCACACUCAUCCGUCAGCACAGUUACGGUCUCUGUAUGGUGGCCCAUCAGGACAACCUGUAUGUGAUGCGUAAUGGUCCCUGUGAGGACUUCUUACAGUGUGUGAUGGAUAGAUACAACCUGAGCUCCGGUCAGUGGACGGCCAUGUCGGGCCAGUACGGGAACAGUAAGAGCUCUCUGUUCACGGCGGUGGUGCGAGGCGACUCUGUGUUCACGCUGAGCCGACAGGUGACCACGGAGUUCACUGUGGAGGAACAAACGUGGAGGCUGAAGCGCCAGAUGGAAGGUUUCGGAAGGAUUGGAUCCAUCUACACAUUUCUGAUGAGGCUGCCUAAAACCAGAGCCCCCCACAAGGAGAACUCUGUGGCUCAGAUCCAGAAAAAGAACCUCAGAGACAUCAGACACUAUUCCAGACUCUCACCACAGUGCUCGGACCAGCUGUGA